AUGAGACCGAUUUUGUUGGUAUUAUGUUUGGCAGUGGGCCUGAGUAGUGCUCGCUGGUUGCGACGAGUCCGAUCCGACCAGCCAAAAGAUAUGAGCUUCAUCGGUGAGGCAACGAACGAACUUUCUACUACUAUAUUCCAGGGUUACAUUGACGAUGGCAAGAACAUUGCAUUCUCACCGCUCGGUUACGCUGCUAUACUCGCUAUUUUAGCAGAGGGUGCCAAAGGAGAGACGAGAAGUCAACUAGUUUCGGCACUUCAUCUACCCGAGGAUCCAAAUCUCACUAGAAAGACAUUCCGCUACAUAAUGGAAAGACUAAAAAACACUAACGAGUAUAAAUUUAAUCAGCCCGAACUCAAAAACUUUUUUUACAUUUAUAAGAACUACACCAUCAAUGACGACUAUAAAAAGAUCUUAGAAGAUUAUUACUUAGACAGAAGUAAGAUCCGUAGAAAAAUA